AUGCCGCGACCUUCGCGCGAUACCUACGGUGAUCAGAAACCACCCUACUCCUACAUAUCGCUAACGGCGAUGGCGAUAUGGUCGUCGAGGGACAAGAUGCUGCCACUCGCCGAGAUUUACAAGUUCAUCGCCGACCGCUUCCCGUACUACAGGAAGGACACGCGACGAUGGCAAAAUUCUUUGAGGCACAACUUGUCUUUCAAUGAUUGCUUCAUCAAGGUACCACGCGGUCCACAUCGGCCAGGAAAGGGAGCCUAUUGGGCCUUGCAUCCCGCCGCAUUGUCCAUGUUCGAGAACGGUUCGCUCCUUCGCCGACGGAAGCGCUUCAAAUUGCACAAGCCGGACAAGGAGCUGCUCAAGUCCGAGCUGCAGGCGCUCGCCUCGGCGAUGCCGCCGCCGUUACCACCUCCGCCGCCUCCGCCGCCGCCACCGCCACAACCGCAGCCGCAGCCGCAUCCGGAACCAGUCGCGUCGACUGGCGGAAUUGUCGACGCGAGCGCAUGUCCCGGCAACGGUCUCAGCCUAGCGAAUCUUCAUCGUCUACGGGAUGACCUGCUCCGAUGGGAGAUACAGGAGAGGCGAAUGAUGGUCGCGACAGCCUCGAAUCACGGUGAUUUCACCGGCGCGGCCGGCUUCGGACGAUUCGACGGUACUACUGGUUUACCAGCUGGACCAACAGCGCCGGAAGCCGUCACCGCUGGCUACUAUUUACUAUCACCCGAAGUGAGACAGAGACUCGCGGGUGGUGCUACCGAUGGCAGUAAUGAGAUUUUGAGAACGUACGAGGCCGCUGCGUUGCUGCACUCUGCCGCUUCUUGGAAUUUCUCUGGCUUUCCAGCAGUUUCGCCAUCGUACGCGGUAUCGCAGCUGCCGUAUAUUCAGCAGACUACCGCCAGUAGACAGACUAUCCAUCCGACGCGGGAGAUGCGAGACGAGCGCCGUUUGUCGAGCGACCGCGCUUUGGAGAACGGAAUCGCCGCUACUGGUAGAGAAAGCGAGACGAUUUUCACGGGUGAGAAUACUUAUGAGAUCUCGGGCUACAAUCGCGACAAACUCGCCGAAGAAGAGCCACUCUCGUCGUCUUCGUCCUCAUCCUCAUCGUCCAGAAUAAAUCUCUAUCGAAACACUGCCCUGACUACCACCUCGUCGCCACCGACGUCGCCCACCUCCCCGAAUUCGCUCACGUCCAAGUCAUCCUAUCGCCACCUGUCGCCAAUCUCGAGCCUGGCAGUGGAGGUCGAGCGAACUCAGUUACCCUCCAAUCGUGAGGACCAGGUCAUUUUGACGACGAAUACAGAGAAGAGGGUUAAGAAACCAUUCACUAUCGAGAACAUCAUCGCACCCGACGACAACAACGAGGGUAGUGGCGACGGUGGUAGUGGUGGUGGUGGUGGUGGUGGUAGUGGUGGUAGUGGUGGUGGUGGUAGUGGUGGUAGUGGUGGUAGUGGUAGUGGUGGUGUCGGUGUUGGUGUUGACGAGGAAGCUUCGAGAUUGACCGAAGUUGAGUCGAUCGCGAAAAAAUCCUCGCUCCUCGUGCCAAGACCGCUCUAUGCCGGGUACUCGAUGUCGAUCACAACCACGGGUAUUCAGAGGCCGUCUUAUGGCACCGCUACUUGAACUCUCUUCAUUAUCUCGAUCAUUCGUUAUCGAAGGGAUUAGCCGA